AUGCCUAAUCCUCAUCCUUACUACCCCCUGGAUGCCAAUGUUGUUGGUUAUGAGCCCAACCAAAGUUCAGUUUUGGAACUUCUCACCUCCGCAGGUGGAGCCUGCACUGUUCUUCUCGGUGUGACUUUCGCGUUGGCUAGCUAUGUACGACCGACACUGCGCCUGGCGGAUCGAAUCGCCAUUCUGUGGUUUGUGCUCUCCGGCAGUCUGCACUGUCUCUUCGAGGGAUAUUUCAUGAUCCACCAUAACCACAUGGCAUCUGCCCAAGACCUCUUCGGGCAACUAUGGAAAGAAUAUGCACUAUCGGAUUCCCGAUACAUGACCUCAGAUACAUUGGUGCUAUGUAUGGAGACCAUGACCGUGCUUCUGUGGGGACCACUCUGCUUCGUUGUUGCAUACUUGACCGCAACCAGGCAUUCCCUGCGCCAUCCAAUCCAAAUGAUUGUGUGCAUGAGCCAUCUUUAUGGCGACACGCUGUACUAUGCGACUAGUCUGUUUGACGAGUAUGUCCACGGACGCCCGUAUUCCCGACCGGAGCCGUACUAUUUCUGGCUGUACUAUUUCUUCAUGAAUUUUAUCUGGAUUGUUGUUCCAGCCUAUUACCUGUAUAAAAGCAUCACGACGAUUUCAGCUGCAUUGAAGCGCCAGGAACAUCCCGAAAAGAAGACUCACUAG